AUGUCAUCAACCGAGUCAAAUCUCAUGGACUUGGUGCAUAAUCAGAUUUCAAUUCUCAUCUCUACGAUGAAGUUGAAUAGCAAUUGGUCUAAUUUUACUCCAAAUUCACUCCCACUAUCCAAUUUGGCUGUUGAUUUGGGCUUAAAGGGCUAUUCUCCCGUGAAUCCCCAGCCAAAUAUCAUCCAACACCUCUAUUCUCUCAGAUUUACUGGUAAUAUUCAAAAUCCAAAAGAAAUCCUUAGCCCCUUCCUCUUUAUUAUAACAAAUCAAUCAACUUCUGGUCCAAUCACUCUCGCUGCGUUGCAAUCAAUUGAGAAGUUUAUAUCCUCUGAUUUGUUAUCAAUACACUCCCCCCACUCUCCCGCAGCGGUUGAUUCUAUCGCCGAAGCUAUUUCCAAAUGCUCUUUUGAUCCCACUGACUCCCUCACUGACGAUGCAAUCCUCAAUCGCAUUCUUGACAUCAUCAAACUCAUUCUCUCCUCAAAUCUUGCCAAAAUUACUUCCGAUAAGUCCGCUUCCUCUCUUAUCGAAACCGGCCUUGAAAUGGCGUGUCAGAUGAGGUUGUCUCCCUCCAUACGCAAUUCUGCUGAAAGAACUAUCCAAUCCGCCGUCAGAUGCCUUUUACUUGACUUCAAAUCAAGAUACCAGCCUGGUAACAGCGAAGACAGCUCUAUUUCCCCUUCGAAGCCUUCUAAAUCUCCCUUACAAGACUUCUCCGCUUCUCAAAAGCCUUUCGGCGAUGCUACCAUGUCUGAGGUCAUCAGAGUCCUUGUCAACCUCCUCGACCCACACGACACCAAAUACACUGACACCAUUAGAUUGGCUGCCCUCAGAAUCCUAGAUGUCGCUCUCACCACCGCCGGGAUCACUCUCUCCAACAUACCUCAAAUACGCUCUACCCUCUCUGACCAAGGUUGCAAAUUCCUCUUUCAAUUGGCUAGAGUUGAGUCUUCUAGCUUGUUAAUUAUGACUAUCAGAGUUAUUACUGUCCUCUUUGACACUUGCAAACCACAUCUAAAGUUACAGCAAGAGCUCUUCUUCUCUUUCCUAGUCGAGCGUUUAUCUCCAUCUACUCAAGAUAACGCCCAGUCAUUCGAUCCUUUCCACACCUGGGAAGCCUCUGUCAUGCCACCAGAGCACCCUGACGACCACGAUAAGCUUAAUACUUCCACCUCUGGCUCUGCAACUCCCUCACUAGCUCCCGCCAAAGCUGCAAAACCCGCAUAUGGUCAAACUAGACAGCUUCUCCUCGAAACUCUCGUACACUUCAUCCACACACCCAACUUUCUCUCUGAGUUGUGGCUCAACUACGACUCAGACAUCGAUUGUGACGAUUUGUUCGAACGUGUUCUGUCGUUUACUAUUGAUGGUAUUUUCCCAUAUGACAACUCCUCACUUGAAUCGCAGUUAUUGUGUCUCGAGGGUGUCCUCACCUUCAUCUCCCAGGUACACGGUACUCUCGUCAACACCCCCUCCGACGCUCACCUCCAAUACCCCACCAAUAUCGCCCUCACAAAGUCUCGCAAGCGUAUUAUCCUCAAUGGCGCACAAAAGUUCAAUUCCAAACCGAAACUAGGAUUGGAGUACUUGACGCGUCACGGUGUGAUUGACGUGGAGAUGGCUGAUGAAUCUUGGACCAAAGCGACUUGUGACAGUGUAGCCAAGUUUCUCAAGCAGUGCGCUCGUCUCGACAAGCGCCUUCUCGGAGACUACAUCUCUCGCCCGGAGAACAGCGAGGUGUUGAAGUCAUUCAUGUCUCUUUUUGACUUUAGGGAUCUAUCUAUUGCCGACAGUAUGCGCCAAGUGCUCGAGACGUUUCGAUUACCCGGAGAAGCUCAGCAGAUUGCGCGUAUCACUGAGGUAUUUGCCGAGCACUAUUUCUCAUUUGCUCCUGAGGGUAUCCGAUCGCAAGAUUCUGUUUACGUUCUCGCAUACUCAGUCAUCAUGCUCAACACGGAUCUUCACAAUCCGCAAAAUCGCGCGCGACGGAUGAGCGACGAAGCCUACAAGCGUAAUUUGCGGGGAGUUAACGACGGCGCAGACUUCGACGCAGCGAUGCUCGAUGACGUUUACCAUAGUAUCCGUAAACGCGAGAUAGUAAUGCCGGAAGAGCAUCACGACCAAGUCGGCUUUGAUUAUGCGUGGAAGGAGAUGCUCGUGCGCAGUCGCACGGCGGGGCUAGUAAGAGAUGCGCAUUCUCCCAACCUCGUCAAACCUAUCCUGGAGGCAAGUGUUCGCAGGGUGCUUGCCGGUCUCGCAUACGCCUUCGCUAGCUUCGACGAUAGCUCCGCUAUCAAGCGCGUCAUGGAGGCAUAUGCGCAUAUCGUCUAUCUCGCGCAUAGAUUGCAACUACACCUCAUCCCUGAUAUAGCCUUUGUCAGCCUACGCAGAGCGGCUGCGGUGUUGAUUGGGCGUUUUGACGAGACGGAGAAUGAAUUCGCUCAGGCGAAGGUGCCUCUGAGCGGGAGCAAAGAUACACUCACCCAAAUCAGCGUCUCGAGCCACACUGUCCAAUUAGGGUACGAUCUGCGCGCUCAGUUGGCCGCAUGGACUAUUUUUAAUGUGAUACUGCGCGACGUUCGCAAUGUGUCAGACAGCUGGUUCGACCUAUUUGACAUGUUUCUUGUGCUUUUCGCCAACGAAAUGCUUCCAGAGAGCAUCCAGACGCUCGAGGACUUUUUGGGUGGGAGCACGCCGAUACCGCGCGAAGCGAGUGGGGAUACACAUGCGCAGGAAAAUGGACAAGGACAAGGCAAGGAUGUAGCACGGACAGGUAACUCGACCAGCCUCCUCUCCACUCUCAGCUCCUACUUGCUAGCGCCAUACUCUAGCGAGCCUCACAUGACUCAGGCGAGUGACGAGGACGUCGACGCGACGUUGCACGCUCUCGACUGUAUUCGCAUUUGUAAUUUGGAAGUCGUGUACAGCGGUCUGUGGCACCUACCUGGUAGCGCACACUCGCGUGCGCUCUCGGCACUCACGGAUAUGCUCGAUGCGCGCACGACGGCUAAACUAGCUGGGGUGCAGUACAACAGAAAAGGGAUCCCGCCAGUGUUUGUUCCGUACGACCGCAGGACUGUCUUUCUGCUUGAGCUGCUGGUGAGCAUUAGUGUGCGCAAUCGCGAUGCAACAGAGACGACGUGGCACACGGUGUUCCCGCUACUGGAAAAGUUGUUGGCACACGCUAACGUGUUCUCUACUCUCCUCACCGAACGCGCCGCUGUCGGACUGGCUAAGCUGACUGAGGGUAUUAGUGCACAUGCGCAACUACACGAGGAGCUUUUCAUAGCUAUCGAUCUUUUGCGCUCUCUUCCGCCACACGCGCUGCUGAGUGCGACAGACCAUCUUGUCUCGCUGGUAGAAUCUGUGCUCGCAAAGGCAGAUGUGCAGAACAGUACCGAGUGGCAUCUCCUUAUUGCGCUGCUCCACUGCUGCAGUGGCAGAGUGAGUGAGCGUGUAUUAGGCUUGCUCACUACCAUAAUCGAUCAGCAUCUCUCUCGAGACUCUCUUCCUGCCGUGCUCGACCUUCUCACUGCGCUCGCGCUGCAUGAAAAUAACGCUGCAUUGGACAUGCUUCUCACUUUGCGUCGCGAACCCAGUUGGGAUUGGGAAUGGGAGCAGGUCAGCGCUCUCGCUAGCAAACUUGGCACACUCUGCCUCCAACCAGCUAAGCACAUUCGUCAACGAGCAAUUGAAGGCCUUGCAGCUAUUUUGUUGGAGAAACCUCGCAAUGAUCUUAUCGUAUUCACCCAUAUCGCUUUUCCUCUCUUAGAGAAUCUGUUGCGACCAGAUGUAUUCAAUCGUGAUCCUACCAGUGCGGGUAUGGGAAACACUCGCUCAGCCGUUACUAAUCUCGUUUGCAAAGUGUGGCUGCUCCUCGAUCUACACUCGCUCGAUGACGAACAUGUGGAGCGGGUGUGGCUGGAAUUGUUGGAUUUCUUAGAUAGAUUUAUGUCUAGUUCGACCAAUAGCAAGAAGAUGAAUAUGGUCCAUGAGAGCAUUCUCGAAAACAUAAAAAACCUCCUACUCGUUAUGCACGCGAAUGGUAUCAUAGACCCUGGCACGAAGACAGAUAGUCACAGCCAUCAACUAUACAUCAAGACGGCUGAGCGCAUUGAUCUAUUUUUGCAAGGAUUUGUCGGUGAAGUGUUGAAAGACACGCAUCAGAAAGAGCAGACAAAGCAGACGGAGCAUACAGCAGAGACGCAAGACAAUGACGAAACAAACCAAGCACAGCAAACACACCAAUCACACGACACAGGUACAGACACGCCCUCGUAA